AAAAAGAAAAAGUAAAAAAUGCUGAAAAAUCAGUAGAUGAGAAUUGACAAGAAAAAACUCGCGAGUAACUUUUCUACGAGGAGCGCCGAAAGUUUUAAUCAAAAAAUGCAAAUUUUACAUUGAUCGAAUCGUUCGAAACCUCAGGCAAACGAUCCUCAUUCCUGCAUUUAAAUUUAGACUUGAAUUUAAACGAUUAGCAUUGUAUCGACGAUCAACCAGCUACCACUUUGUUUCACCGAUUCGCGGGAUCGUGAUCGAUCACGAGAUACCUUUUUGUUGGACGAUCGUUGUCCGCUCAUGUUCUUGGCAUGGUUUCGCGAGACUGGCGAGACUGGCGCGAGAUCGGUCAAAACAAAAUCCCAUCUCCCCCUCCUGGUGCCCUGGUAUAUUUUAUAAUUAGUCUCAGCGACGAAGUUGCGCAAUUUUUGAAAGAAGUCCGCGAGCCUCGCUACGAAAUAUCAGGCAACGCAAAUUUUCCCAGUGGACGACGACUACUCACUGAUCGCGCAUCUUUAUUCUACACUUGUUGGUUGUUGUACGCGAGAGAAUGGAAUAUAUCAAUAAACUACUUCAGCGAGCCACUGUGAUCCCGGCAAGGACGUCAUCGCCAUCGUCAUCGCCAUCGCCAUCGCCCACGCAAUCGAGUGGCGGCGACAACUCGGUACCAAAGAAUGAGGUGAAGGUCCGAUUCGCCCGCGAGUUCACCGACGUUGGAUCGAUCGCUUAUUCUGCACCGGAGAGUCUGUCCUCUGCAAGCAGCUUUCAAAGUCUCAGCAGUACUUUAAGCACGAAAAGCAAUAGCGGUAUCUAUGCGGAUUUCACGCCUCAAAGCCCUAGCCAGGUUUCAAACGAUUCGUACGUCAACUCGAAUAUAUCUGGUUUGGAGGACCUAAUUGCCGGUUGUGCAGAGAUACAUUUAAACAGCGACGAUGAUCACUCGUAUAGGACUCUUCAGAACUCGCAAGAUUUCAGUCAGGAUCAGACGUUUGCAUCUGCCACCGAUCAACCGGCCGACAUCAGCAAAAACCUCUCAAAUGAUAUUUCCUUGACGAACUCUCAGAAUGCCGUCGACGAUAAUUCGACAACACGUGAAUCUAUGUCUGCGCCGAUCAAUUUUACAAAAGUAAUUGAUGAUGAAGCAACUUUCGGUACCAUCUGCAUCAAGGAGCCUGCAGCGAUUAUAGAAUCAAACAGAAGGAAUAGUUUUAUACAAUUAGAGACAAUACAGAGAUCGGUUACUCCUAAUAAGAGUGACGACUUAAGCAGCGGUGAUCAUCAAAUGAACAACAACCCUGUUGAUGAUACUGAGAAGAUUCCACUGUCGUGUAAUAUAGAGAUAUCUAAUUUCAACUCAACGGCGUGCUUGUCACCUAAUAAAGAAGUUACAAACGUCUCUAGGAAAGAGGAACCUAGAUUAAUAGAAAAUACCCCUGUUGAUGAGAGUUCAUUGCCAUGCAACAUAGAGGAAUGUAACUUAAAUUUGACGGUAUGUUUGUCACCUAACAAAGAAAUUAUAAAUGUUCCUAAGGAGAUAGAGAACAACGUUAUUGAUGAUAUUGAUGAGAUUCCAGUAUCACGCAGCAUAGUGGAAUCUAAUUUAAAUUCGAUGCUAUGCUUGUUACCUAAUAAAGAAGUUACAAAUGUUCCUAAGAAGGAAGAAUCUAGACCGAUAGAGAACAACGUUAUUGAUGAUAUUGAUGAGAUUCCAGUGUCACGCAGCAUAGAGGAAUCCAACUUAAAUUCGACGAUGUGCUUGUCAUCUAAUAAAAUUGUUACAAAUACUCCUAAGAAAGAAGAAUCUAGAUCGAUAGAGAACAAUGUUAUUGAUGAUAUUGAUGAGAUUCCAGUGUCAUGCAGCAUAGAGGAAUCUAAUUUAAAUUUGACGAUGUGCUUGUCACCUAACAAAGAAGUUACAAAUAUGUCUCAGAAAGAAGAAUCUAGAUCGAUAGAGAACAACUUUAUUAAUGACAUUGAUGAGAUUCCAGUGUCACGCAGCAUAGUGGAGUUCAACUUAAAUUCGACGGUGUGCUUGCCACCUAAUAGAGAAGAUACAAAUGUUCUUGAGGAAGAAGAAUUUCGAUCGAUAGAGAACAACUUCAUUGAUUACAUUGAUAGGAUCCCUGUAUCGCGCAAUUCAGAGGAUUCUAGUUUAAAUUCGACGAUGUGCUUGUCAUCUAAUCAAGAAAUUACACAUGUACCUAAGGAAGGGGAAUCUAGUUCGAUAGAGAACAACUUUAAUGAUAUUGAUAAGAUUCCGGUGUCAUACAAUCCAGAGGAUUCUAGUUUAAAUUCAACGAUGUGCUUCUCACCUAAUGAAGAAAGUAUACACGUUUCUAAGGAAGAAGAGCCUAGUCCGAUAGAAAACAAUUUAGCUGAGAUAGCUAAAGAAGAGUUAGAUACGUUGAACAUCGAACAACCAAAUUUUGAGGAACUACAAUCUGCCGCUGAAGAGUUCGCUAAUGAUGUUUAUAAAUCCUCGUUGCAAUUCUCAGGAGAAAACGAGCCUUUCAUCAACGCGACAUCCGAAAUCUUUCAAGAUCCUACAAGUUUUGAUUUUUUGAUAAAACAUGGCAAUUCGAAAACUGACAAUCGUUUGAGGGCUGAAUCCUUGUAUGUAAAAUUUGACCCAUUGGUAGCGGACACCAGUAUGUCUACUCAAGGAAAUAUACAAUUCAUGAAGGAAGAACAAAACGACAAAAAUGAAAGCAUUACGAAUAGUGAUACUCCUAAACAUAAUUCAACGAAUUUUAACACUCCUAAAUGUAAUCCUGCCAUAGCAGCUAUAGAUAGGCUACUUUUUUAUAGCCCUAUUUCUACAAAUAUCACACCGAAAAUAAAUGAACUUCAAAAAAAAGAAACAAGUAAAAAUCAGUCUGCAAAAGAGUCUGAAUCAGACACUCCGCUUAUUAUCGACGUUAAUAUGAAUAAGGAAUUAGAAUUAGUAAGAUCAACCGUAUUACAACUAGAAGAAAAACUAGAGAAACAAAAGAAAGAGCAUGAAGCUGAAAUAGAAAAUCAAAGAAAUGCUUUUCAAGAAAAAAUUAACAAGUUACAAACACAAAUAGUGCAAGAGAUAAAAAGUAAAUCUCAAAUGACAGUCGUAGUCGAAGAAUAUGAAAAAUCGAUUAGUCGAAUGCUUACGGAGAGAGAAAGAAAUCGUGCUCAUUUCGAACAGGAAAAAGCAAAACUCCAAGAAGAACUGCAAGCUACAAAUGUUCAUUUAAGCAACACAGAAGCUGCUUUCAACGAUGUUCAUCAAAAGUAUGAAAGGCUUAAAGGAUUCGUAUCCGUGUAUAAAAGUAAUGAAACACUAUUGAAAGAGAGCAUCCGAGAGAACCUGGAAACAAUAAAAGGUUUGGAAAUGCGGUACGAUCAACUGAAAAACCAUGCGAAAACCGAACUUGAAAAAGCUAACUAUGAAUUGGAUGCUAUACGAAAACAGCAUGAAGAUGAAACGACAAAACUUCAUGCAUUAGUAAGGAGAGCUGAAUUAAAGAGCAACUCUUUGGCCGAAUUGGUAGAUCAGAAAACUAAAGAAAAUAAGGAACUAACGCAAAUAUUGGACGAAGUUAUUGCCAGGGUUGGUCAUCAAAGUGCAGAAUAA